AUGGCGCCACGCAAGAAGACAGGCACAGCCGCGAAAACAGCCCGACCCGCCAAAGCUGCAGCCAAACCUCGUGGUGGUGCAGCUAAGAAGGGAAAAGCGGUGGCCGAAGUUGCUGAACCGAUCGUGAACGAACACGCAGGGACACCUUUAGAACGUCUGGAGGGAGAGCCGUCGGCGGACAUCAAAGGUGACUUACAGCGCCUCCUAGAUGAGACGUGCAAGAACAAGACCGCGAAAGACCUUGAGACGGACGAAGCAGUCAUCCAAGGGCUCCGCAAAGUCCUGCUCUCCUGGCGGGACGUGCAAUCUGAGGAUAAACCGCAGAAGCUCGUCUACCUGUUGGACACCGCCCACGACCGCAAGCAGCUUCGCCUUGCCGCUCUCGACAAGGAGGACGCGAAGAAGGCCACCCUGCUUGACGUACAUGCACGCAAGUACGGUUUCCACGUCGGCCUCGGAGAAAUUGUUUUCCUCGAAGAAGGUUACGGGCUGCGUAUGGGCGGUCCCCGUGGACAAAACCGGGGCGGGAGGUUCGGUGGGCGGUUCGGUGGCUUCUAUCGAGGCUGCCACGGCUAUGGAGGCAUGGACUCGGGCUCCGAAAUGGACUCAGAGUCUGAAGGGGGCUGGGGUGAUCUAUACUCGGACGCUGGUGGGGAUGAUGUAGAGAUGGAGGAGGUCCACGAGACGAAGCUAACCCUCGAGAAUCUGGUGGAUUUGGAGGGCACGGUUUUAGCAGAAGCCGUCGAGCUCACUGCGGGAGCGGAGGUUAUGCACGAGGACGUGAAAAAGAAGCUGAAGAUACGCGGGCAUACGAAGCAGAAGUUCAGCGCGACCAAAUGCAGCACGCUUGAGCGCUGGUACCGUGGCAGGGCCCUGCUCGUCUGGCCAAAGAGUCGCCACUUCGAUAUCCUCCACGGCCCAAACGCCCUCACCCAUGCUUGCUACGCACUCAAGAAAUCUACUUCCGCUCAGCCCACAAGCGAAGCCCGGGAUCUUGUCAACAUGAUCCUCUCGCGCACCGAUGUGGUCCGAAGCUGGGCUGCCAGCACCUAUAUUUGCGAAGCAGCUGUGCUCUGGGGCGAUGCCGAUCUCUGGGUGCGCGCUGUGCGCGCGUGCGAGACUGACCGCGCCAUCUCUGAGUUACGGCCUGACAACAUCUUCGCCGCCGUCAGCGCAUUCGGUUUCGACGCAAUCAAGGAAUGCGUCGAACGCGCCCUUGAGCAAGAUAAGACACCCUUGAUAACACUUCUCUUCCUCGAUAACCUUGAAGCCAAGGCCUCUGGAGACGAUGGCGCUUCAUACGCGUUCGCUGAAGAAUGGGCACCUGAAUGGCGCCUCAAGGUCGUAAGUGCGAUCAAGAAUCCAAACACCUAUGAAGCUGGGACCAUCCUGGCCGCCAGCAUGAAGGCAGGCGGCGCAAAGAUUCUGGAGAAGACGGUCAUCCCCACGUUGAAGGCCACCGCCUCGCCCGCGUUCAUGCUUGCCCUUGCCGAGCAGGUGCACGCAACUGACGGUAUCACGCCCGGGGUCAAGAAGCGCAUCGUGAAGGAUGCGCUUGUGUUCGCGCUGUCGCAGGCAAAGAUCUACGACACCAUGGACGACGCGGCGACGCUCACGUUCGCCGAGGCCGCCCUCAAGGCGUGCCUGCAGACCGGGAACGAGGCCAGCGCCGCUGAACUCGCCCAACGCUUGGUCGACCUGUCGGGGCUGGACGAGGCCGCUGUGCGAAAGCGUUUCACAGGUGUAUUGUUGCCGCUCGCUGGGGCGGUUCCGAAGCUCGUAGGCGAUCACCCGAGCGCGAAGGUGCUGGCGGCGGUCAACCCAAUCUGCGAUACUGCAAUCACCCAGUUUUGGCAGGGCUUGUCUGCCCCGGACGCAACCGUCAACAACAAAGAUGUGAAAGCUUUCCUCGACACCACACGCAUGAGUAGCAUGACAGUCCCUGAUAUCAUCGGGAAACUACUAAUGCUUGACCUCAAGUCCUCCAUCCUGGAGACCUUCAUCAACGAGCUCAACAGCAGGCGCUCCGCGGGCACGCUGGACGGUAUCGAUAACGCGCUCCCCGCGCUCGUGCAGAAGUUCGCGCAGAUCGUGUCUAUCGACACGUCAAGCUUUAUGUACUACAAAUACCGCUUCCAGCCCCCAGUCGUGCAGUCCGUCGCAUGCUGCAUCCGCGCCGGCGUCCCCAACGCGGCACGCACGAUCAUCGACCGCGUCCUGAAGCAGUACCCCGCGGAAUCGGACGACGUGUCGUUGGUAGUGGUCCUCGUCGCUUCCCGCCUCCCCGGCUGGCUCGCCGAGCUCAAGCGCACGCCGACGGACCCCGCGUACGCCGCGCUCUUCAGACGCCUCUACACGUUCUGGGUCGACACCAUGAUGGUCCCGCUGCGCGUGACCCCGGGGCUGGACGCGUCGGUGGCCGCGCUCGAGAAGCGCAUCGCCGAGUGGGAGAAGGAGUGCGCGUGCGGGUCGUGCGACCGGAUCCGCGGCAUUGUGCAGGGAUGGCGGGCGGAGUACGAGUUCGAGGAUAUCAGCGCGAAGGUGCGCUCGCACAUGAAGCGGAGCAUGAACACGUACUUCGACAAGCAGAUCCACGCCAAGAAUUCACCGUACGGGCAUGGCUUCAAGGUCACGAAGUACACGGAGUUGCUCACUGCGUCACGAUGGCGGACCUGGAAGGCGGAGGGGAAUAGUUUCCUCAACGACCUCGCUGAGACGACGAGCGAAGGGGACAUCAAGAUCGUCUUGGGCAACGACUACGCGCGCAUCAUGCAGACCCUGCGUGGCACGGCAACUCCUGCUAAUGCUCUCAAGCGGUCUGCAGACAGCGCACCAGUGGCAUCGGGGUCCGGCUCAACCGCACCUCCGGCGGCGAAACGCAGGAAGGUCUAAACGAGUGUUUUGAGUCGGGCGCGAACAGCGCGCCGCGCGGUGUUCGAUUUAUUGGUAAAAUAUAGGGCAUCUAUCUAACAUCUGUCUACGAGCAGGUACAUCUAUCAUAGCCGCGAUCUCCUUAUUAUGCAGUCUGUCCGCUGA